AUGGAGAGUAUUGUUCAGUUGGUCAUACAAAAAUUGAACGAUGUUGUAACGAAGGAAGCGGAUUUGCUAUUCGGAGUAGAUGAUCAGAUCAUAUCCCUUCGAACCAAACUUGAAUGGAUGCGUGCCUUCCUCGAAGAUGUCGAUAGUAUUGGCAGAGAGAAUAAAAGAUUUAAGAUUUGGGUGACUCAAAUAAGAGACGUAGCCUACGAUGCUGAGGAUGUCAUCGACUCCUACAUCUUUAACAUUGAACAGAAACGAGCUGAGACAAGUGCUGGAUUGGUGAGAUGCCUAAGUAGUUUUGGUGGUUGCAUCAAAGCCAUACCAGCCAUCCACGAGGUUGGAAAGAAGAUCCUCAACCUAGAAAGAAGGCUCGGCGAGAUCAAGGAGAACAUAUCACAGUACGGCGUCGGCAAUAUAUCAGUUGGUGGAGAAGCUUCGUCUUCUUCAAAUCAAAGCCAGCUGCGGAGGGAGAAGAUGACUCCCAUCGAUGUGGUCGGUUUUGAGGACGAGACAGAGACACUGGUGCGGCAGCUGACUGAAGGAGAUGCGCGGCGUGCUGUUAUUUCGAUCACGGGUAUGGGAGGAAUAGGUAAGUCUACUCUCGCAAAGAAAGUUUACAAUGACAUCCAUGUAAAGAAGAGUUUCGAUUUUCAUGCUUGGGUGUAUGUCUCUCAACAAUAUCUAGUCCGGGAGCUUUUACUGAGCAUUAUAAAAUGCUUUAGAGCCCUCGAACGAGAUGACAAGAAGAUGAUGACUGAGGAAGACUUGCGGCAGGAACUCUCUCAGCACUUACAAAGGAAGAGAUAUCUGGUGGUAAUCGAUGAUAUAUGGAGUAGACAAGCUUGGGACAGUUUGGUUUCUGUAUUUCCAGAUACGGAAAAUGGCAGCAGAGUGCUUCUCACGACUCGCAAUGAAGAUGUAGCAAGGCAUGCAGACGCACAGAGUACACCCCAUAAACUCCGUUUGCUGGAUGGAAACGAGAGCUGGUCACUGUUCUGUAAGAGAGCACUUCCCGGAAAUCUUUCUCCUACGUGCCCUCCAAAUCUGGAAGAGUUGGGGAGAAAGAUGGUCGCCAAAUGUGGAGGUUUACCUCUAGGAAUUGCGGUAUUAGGAGGCGUCCUAUCAAUAAAAGAGAAGUCAGUGAAUACGUGGGAGAAGGUUCUUAAAAGUGUGGAAUGGUGGCUACAUGAAAGCAAAGAAGAUGAGAUCUCAGGCAUAUUGGCCCUGAGUUACCAUGACAUGCCCUGUUACUUGAAGCCCUGUUUUCUUUAUUUUGGAGCUUUUCCUGAAGACUCUGAAAUCAAUGUCCGCCAAUUGAUUCAGUUGUGGAUAGCAGAAGGAUUCGUGCAGAGAAGAGGAGAAGAAGAAAUGGAGGAUGUUGCGGAGGAUUACCUGGAUGAGCUCAUCAGUAGAAGCAUGAUUCAGGUGGCAAGCAGGGAGAGCAAUGGAACGGUUUUUAUAUGCCGUAUUCAUGAUCUUCUACGAGACCUCUCAAUAUCAGAAGCGAAGGAGGAGAGAUUUCUCGAAGUGCAUGGGAACAUGGCGCCUGAAUUACCUACAAAGGCUCGCCGACUUGCAAUUACUUGUGGUGACAUCAGUAAGUCCAUCUCUCUUAACCGCUCCACUCCACAACUCCGCUCUUUGUUGCGCUUCAGUUAUGAGAGAGAGAUGUUGGAAAAACCACAGUUGAAAAUCCUCUUGGGAGCUUUCAAAUUGCUCAGGGUGAUGGAUCUCCAAUUCCUAGACCUCUCUCGUCUUCCGGAUGAAAUAGGGUAUCUAAUCCACUUGAGGUACCUACGUCUUAGGGGAACCGGGUUAGAAAGGCUACCGUCCACCAUAACUCGCCUGUCCAAUUUACCGACUCUCGAUCUAUGGGAUACAAAUAUAAUAACACUACCAGAUGAUAUUUGGAAGAUGGAGCAGAUACGACACCUACUCGUAGGGAAGUAUAUAAACCAGCCAUGUCGAAUCAGCAACAUCAUGCAAAUCCAUCGCUUAAGCAAUCUCCAGACUCUAAAAAUAGUAGAGGGGGGCAGCUGGAUAGAAGAUGGGUUGGAGAAACUAACCAAUUUGAGAGAUUUGACGAUUAGGGGAGAUCUCAAAAUGUCAUUGUCCCAUUCCAUUUGUAAAUUGGUCCGCCUCAGAAAUUUGUGGGUAGAGGCACGUGCUGAUUCCUCAAUUCCAGCUUUUGCAUCCUUCUCAAAUCAUCACCAUCUAUUUAACAUAAGUUUGGACGGAUCCUUAGAGAAAUUACCAGACGUACAUGAGUUCCCACCUAACCUCACUUCGCUACUCUUGGAGGGGUCCCAAUUAGAGCGAGACCAGAUUGGAACGCUGGAGAUGCUGCCGAACCUUCGUAGACUCUGUUUAUUCUCGAGAUCUUACGUUGGAAAGGAAAUGGUUUGCUCGGUCGGAGGGUUUCCACUGCUCGACUAUUUGACUAUUUAUGACUUGGAUGAAUUAGAGGAGUGGAGGGUGGAAGAAGGAUCGAUGCCGAAUCUUAGACAUUUGAAGAUUUGGAAAUGCAGAAGAUUGAAGAUGCUUCCUGAUGGAUUGCAACAUAUCAGCACCCUUCAAAAAUUGAAGGUGAGAGGCAUGCCGGAGGAAUUCGGAGAAAGGGCACGAAAAGACGAAGGAGACGACUGGCAUAAGAUCCGACAUAUACCCUCGCUUAUCAUCAACGACUGCUAG